UACGCUUCGAUGUGUCUUUGCACUUAUAUUUGACUGGAAGGGUUUUGUAACCUGAGAACUCUCUUUACUAUAAUUUGCAUUUUUAAGAUCUGCCAUCAGAGAGAAAAUAUCAACCCAACUGGAUGUUUUUUAUUCAACUUCUGGCUCUUGUGGUUUCUUUGAUUAGUGUCAAAGUAACACUCGUCUUGGAUUUAAUAUAAUUCCACAGUAACGAUUGAAUAGCCAUACUCUGAAAGGAAUGGUGGGGGCUCCUUCAGAGAGGUGUAAUGUGUAGUUUUGGCCUUCGAAUAGUUACAGGUGAAGAGGAAAGUAAAAGGAAUACUGCCAUAGUUGUAAAUAAAAAUGGACGACUAAAGAAAUACCCCCCGUGGGAGUGGAAGGAACCCCCCCGUGCAGGGCAAAGCCCUAUCUAGCGUGGACACAAGUUGACAGAAGGAUCGGAAAAGGCCUUGUAAGAGAAAUGACAUUUAGAGUAGACGUUGAAUACCCAUGGCAGCUGGUGGGAAGACAUUCUCCUCCAGGGAAUAUUGUGCUCAGGGCUGCUGGGGUGUGAGAAGUGUUUGGGACUCAGCAAGAGUUCACAGUUAGGGUGAGAUCAAAGUAUGUCUUAUGAGGGUGAAGAGUGAUGUGUAAGUAAGUGGUCAGGGAUGGGGGUCGUUGCAGGUCUUUCUUUCCUUUUUAAUGUAGAUUUUUAUUGAAGUAUAAAACGUAUGUUGAGAAGUUCUCAUGUCAUAAUUGUACAGCUUGAUAAAUUUUCACAAGUGAAUAUACCUGUGUUACCAGCACCCAGAUCAAGAAGCAGAACACUAUUACCAGAGCCCCAGAAGUCCCCUCGUGUCCCCUUCUGGUCUCCUGGCCUCUCCUCCUGUUCCUGCAACACAAGGGUAUUUCUUAUUCUCGCUUCUCAUACCACAGAUUUGUUCUGCCUUUUUUUUUUUAAAUUAAAAAAAUUAUGUAUUUUUGAUAGAGAGAGGCAGAACACAAGUGGGGGAGGGGAGGAGACACAGAAUCUGAAGCGGCCUCCAGGCUCCGAGCUGUCAGGACAGAGCCCGACGCGGGGCACGAACUCACAAACUGCGAGAUCAUGCCCUGAGCCAAAGUCGGCCGCUUAACCGACUGAGCCACCCAGGCGCCCCUGUUCUGCCUAUUUUUGAACUUGUAUAAAGAGAUAAUGUAACUUCUCUUACCCGACCCAUUAAUGGGUUUAGGAUGUGACCCAGACAUAGGUAUUUCUUAGAAGGUCCCCCGGUGAUUAAUGUGUAGCCCGGGAAAGACAGGCGGAAGGGAACGGACAGCAGUAGAGGAAGGACGGCAGGGCACAUGGCGAGCUGCAAGGAAGACAGGUGCACGUGGUAUCAAGCCCUUAGCAGAUUACUUGCUUCCUGCAGAGAGCCACGGGAGAAGGGCCACGCGAAGUUACCAAGAGACCGCCAGAGAGUCGUGAUAAUCCCAGACAUCAUCACCAUGAAACAAGUAAUGAGUAGUGAACAAGUGCUACAUAAAGUGGUCACUUUGCACAUGUUACUCUGUUUAAUUCCCAGCGACCCUGCAAGGCAGUACCUUGCAGAAGCUGGCUGGACGGCCGAAGGAAGAGUCGUGGGAGUGACCCAGCCCCGAAGAGUGGCAGCUGUCACAGUUGCAGGGAGAGUAGCUGAGGAAAGGGGCGCGCUGCUGGGCCACGAGGUGGGCUACUGCAUCCGCUUUGAUGACUGCACCGACCCACUGGCCACGAGAAUUAAGUUUCUGACUGAUGGAAUGUUGGUCAGGGAAAUGAUGGUUGAUCCGUUGUUAACAAAAUAUAGUGCCAUCAUGCUGGAUGAAGCCCACGAGAGGACCUUGUACACAGACAUUGCCAUUGGCUUGCUGAAAAAGAUUCAGAGAAAGCGAGGGGAUCUUCGAUUGAUUGUGGCUUCAGCCACUCUGGAUGCAGAGAAAUUCCGGGAUUUCUUUAAUCAAAAUGAGACCAGUGACCCAACGAGGGAUACGUGCGUGAUCCUUACAGUAGAAGGGCGAACAUUUCCAGUGGACAUCUUUUAUCUACAAAGUCCUGUUCCAGAUUAUAUCAAAUCAACUGUAGAGACUGUGAUGAAAAUUCACCAGACAGAGGGAGAUGGAGACAUACUAGCAUUUCUUACUGGCCAGGAAGAGGUGGAAACGGUCGUGUCUAUGCUAAUCGAGCAGGCUCGGGCGCUAGGGCGAACUGGGAUGAAGAGACACCUCCGGGUCCUGCCCAUGUACGCAGGACUGCCUUCCUUUGAGCAAAUGAAAGUGUUUGAAAGGGUGUCACGCAGCGUCAGAAAGGUGAUCGUAGCCACCAAUGUGGCUGAAACCUCCAUUACAAUCAGCGGGAUUGUGUAUGUGAUCGACUGUGGCUUCGUGAAACUCCGAGCCUACAAUCCCAGGACAGCCAUUGAGUGCUUGGUGGUGGUCCCAGUGUCCCAGGCAUCGGCCAACCAGCGCGCAGGACGUGGCGGCCGCAGCCGUUCGGGAAAAUGUUACCGCCUUUAUACAGAGGAAGCCUUUGACAAGCUGCCUCAAUGCACUGUCCCUGAGAUGCAGCGUAGCAAUUUGGCACCUGUCAUCCUACAGCUGAAAGCACUAGGGAUCGACAACGUCCUCAGGUUCCACUUCAUGUCGCCCCCUCCAGCACAGUCGAUGGUUCAAGCAUUGGAGUUACUCUAUGCUCUGGGAGGUCUGGACAAAGACUGUCGCCUCACUGAACCGCUUGGCAUGAGAAUAGCAGAGUUUCCUUUGAAUCCCAUGUUUGCAAAAAUGCUGCUUGAAUCAGGAAAUUUUGGCUGUUCUCAGGAAAUUCUAAGCAUUGCAGCCAUGAUGCAAAUCCAGAAUAUCUUUGUGGUCCCCUCAAACCAGAAGUCUCAGGCAAUGCGAGUGCACCGAAAAUUUGCUGUGGAGGAGGGUGAUCAUCUCACUAUGCUCAACGUGUAUGAAGCGUUUAUCAAACACAAUAAAAACUCUCAGUGGUGCCAGGAGCAUUUCCUGAAUUACAAGGGUCUUGUCAGAGCUGCGACAGUACGAGAGCAGUUGAAGAAGCUUCUUGUCAAGUUUCAAGUGCCCAAGAAAUCUAGCGAAGGUGAUCCGGAUCCCGUCCUGAGGUGCCUUGUUUCGGGAUUCUUUGCCAAUGCAGCAAGGUUUCAUUCCACCGGAGCUUAUAGGACUAUCCGUGACGACCAUGAAUUACAUAUCCACCCUGCCUCGGUCCUCUACGCAGAGAAGCCGCCUCGCUGGGUCAUCUACAAUGAGGUCAUACAGACCUCCAAGUACUACAUGAGGGACGUGACCGCCAUUGAGUCUGCUUGGCUGUUGGAGCUGGCUCCGCACUUCUAUCAACAAGGAACGGUAGGGGUGAAUAGAGACCGUCCCUCAAAACCACCCGUUAGCUGCCUCUCCGUAUGUUGAAGUACAGAUCGGUGCUCCGCGCCCGUUUAGUGCCCUAAGUUUGUUCCCCCUCAAAAGUGCGUGGGGUGAAAAGGUCACUACCAUAUCUCUGCCCCAUUCUGGGUAAAAGCACUGUACCAUUUGCUCAUCGUGAAGUGCGCUUAGAGGUAUUUCUUUAGAAAUAAUCCCUCCAGCCUAAAAGACAACAAAGAGAAUGUAUCUUCAGCUCUUCCUCUCCCCCUCUGCUUUUUUUCUUCGAAAGAAAUUACAUCACACUUUGGACCAUGUUCACAAGGAGUGGCACAAAUAUUCUCUGGUGAAGAUUGCCUCACAAAAAGAACACAGACAGGUGUGCGAGCUUAAACCCGGCGUGGUUCACACAGUGGUGGGUGAUGCUGAGCGCUGGCAUUACCGUGAACGUCUGUCCUUCUUCCCUGCCCGGCCCACGCUCAGGGCCCGCAGGGUGGUGAGCCUUGCAGAGGAGACCCAUGGUCCUGUUUUCUUUAUUUUCACCAAAAAAUGGUCUGUUCAUCGGGCGAGGGGGGAAGGCCAUACAUUCUUCUAAUAAGAUCUUUAACUGAGUGGUGGUUCUAUCUGGAAGGCUGGCGUGAAGACAGGUAAACCAGCGUCCACAAACUUCCGUUGACUGAUGCUGUUUGGUCUGCGUCCUGUAUUUCACCGGAUGGUUCAGCGUAAUCACACGUCGUGCGGUUAUUGGAAUGGUUAGAGUGAAGUCCUCCAUCUUGCUGGUGGUUUUCUGUCGUCUGAAUUAGUUUGGUUUUGUUUUUCGUUUUCUCUUUUUUCCUGCCUUGCUAUCUGUUGCCCAGUGCCCAAAGACAGUUGCUUCAGAUACUUUUUCAGUUUUACCACUGUGUGCCCCAGAACGGAAAGUCCAAAACCUGUUACGUCAUCAGGGUCGUAACCAGACUGCAGUGUCCUCAACCCAAAACUUGGAUUGACGGGCGCAUCUAAAAAUGGGGAGAUCUCACGAUGAAUAUGGAUUUCAAGUUUCUCUCGAAAUGUUAAGUCUGCCGGCACUGGGCCCGCAUGACCCGUCGGCAGCAAUCAGCAGGGGUGAGGAGCGGCUGUGCGCUGUGACUGUCACUGUCCCGGGGCCACAGUCCUGCUUCACUUGUGUAUUAAUUCACUUGCUCAGCUCUGGGACACAUUUGAGUUGUGGCCCCAUAAAUGGAAAGCUCUUCUCAUCCCUUCCCCUCCAGCAACGUCAGGGGACAUUGUUCUUCCAGAACUUUCUUACAGUAUUUAAAUCUUAUCCAGUCAAAGGAAAACUAUCUCAAGCCUGUAUAGUUCUUCACAUGUCCUCAUACGGAUACUUCAGCUGGGAACGAGAUCAGCCGCAGGCACUGAUCAGAAUUCAGAGUGUGUCGCCCGUGCUGGGUCCGGCUGGCAAGAACACACCUGGAGUGAGGGAGCGUCUGCCCCCAAGAACCUUUCGGGUGGGAAACAGCAGAGUUCCGAGGUCCAGGAGACGUGGGCAGAGCCGCCGGCUGGGAGCUGAGAGCGACACGCUAGGGAAGGGCUGGUUCAGGUCGUAGCGUGCGGGGGCUCGAGGGGAGAACCCGGAGCCGUCUUGGACUCGUUCUUUGGGGAGCAGGAUUGACCUAGAGGCUGGGUCCUUUUCCCCUCUCAGCUCGGAACCACAGUUGGAGCCCAGCAAGUUAAAGGGCAGAGAGCCCCCAGGAGUUUGAAGAAAAUGACAAUCGCAGGUUUCUGCACUGGCCUCUUCUCUCCAGAUGCCUGUGGUCCACUCAUCAGUCCGUUCAGAUCACUGCCUGCGAUCGGAGUAUCUUUAGAGAUGCCUGGGCCUCUACAGGUCAUCCGGUGCCACACCUUCACUGUACAGGCGAAGGCCCUGAAACCCCCCAAGAACCUCGGUCCCUUCCUACCCAGACGGUUCAGAGGUCCUUCUGUAUGAACUUGCCCAGAAUGAACGGACUUCUCCAGGAGCCCCUCAGGUCCCAGUGGCUGCCCACGUGUGGUGGAUGCUCCUUUGUGGAACAUAGCGCCCCACGCCCCCCCCCCCCCCCCCGUGAUCCCCGGCUCUGUUCCUGGCACCUGUGGUGACUUUCCAUCGCUGUUGUCUUCAGAGUGUCACUCUCACCCUGUGUAGGGGCCUGAAAUGGUCCAGAGUCGGCUGUGUUCAUACUCAGCAUUCUUGUCGGAAAUGAGCACCAAAAACGGUCCCACAGGCGUGAUGACGUCAUCCUCACCCCCAAGCUAAGGGCUGUGAGCGUCUCACGUUAGUUGGAGGGGUCACACUGGGUAAAGUGUGGGGAGGAGAGAAAUGACUCCCAGCUGGAGGCAGCAGGGUGACCCGUUCAGAGAUUCGCCGCCUUGUCCUUAAAUUGUAUGUCCUGAUUCUCAGAGAUGCCCUUGGGAUCUAGGAAGAACCCUAACCAGGGCCUUUGCAAGAGCCCGUAUGGGUCCUUUCUCCAGCUUACGCGGUUAGGAGACUUCUUGUGACUCCCUUAGACUUGUGUCCCACUCACUCCGUCAACUGGUGCAUCGUGCUCGGUGGUGUGUGGCAUCUUUUGCACCCCGCGCUCUUCCAGGGCCUGCAACUCCCCUUCGGCAGUGGCGCGGCCGCCUCCGCCCACGUGGGUGUGCGGCCGUCGGGUGCUGGGCGUGAGCGUGCUGGGGACUGGCGGUCCGAUUGGGAGUUCCUCCAAGAUCCCUUGGCUGCUUUUUUGUGACUGUCGAGGGGAUACCAGGGAUACCUCAGAUGGUAAACAGAGGUCCUUUAUCAAAAGCGUGUGUUUACAUACUCUGCCUUAAAUGCAUAUUUCACAGUUUCCGGCACUUCUGACUUUACCUUAGAACAUCAAGUCUGAUGGAAACCCUAAAUCUAUCAUCCGAUGCCCAUGAUGAUGUUGUACAUCGUACGUUGUACUGGUGGAGAGCAACGUUUCUGAAAGGAAAAAAAGGUGUCCUUUUCCUGUGCGCCUUCCCUGCACACGCACUGGCAAGGGGGUGCACGGGGGUCAGUGCCCCGAGCACACGCACUUGCACGCGGAGAUGCUUGGUGAAAUGAUGGAUCUCCUUGUUCCUGAGGGGAGGAGGAAUGGUUCCUCCAUUUCCUGGUUCCUUGACCAUUUGCAAGAAAUUCCUGGAAACGUGAAGUGACCUGCAGCCUGAGCCCAAUCCCCUGAGCACGGAAGGUGUGGCUGCGGUGCUGUCCCAGGGGCUGGGGCAGAGGGAGAGCAUGUUCCAUUGACACCUUCCCGCAGAGCCCUGGCUGAGCAGGCUCGUCCGUGGCGGGCUGGGCCUCGGGCUGCUGUGCCUUCCCAAAGCCGGUCCAUGGCCUUUGUCCAUCACUUGGGCUUUUUCCCUCCAGACUGUUGCCCGAGCGGCAUGGCGUCUGCUGAGAAGGUGUGAGCCAGAGGGUGGCUUUGGUUGUAUAUGUGGGCGUUGUGAAGUCCGGUCUCUGGGCACCCCUAACUC